AUGAAAAUCAAAAUUAUAAAUUACAAAUAUCACAAUUUCGUUCAAAUAUCACAAUUUCGUUCAAAUAUAUCAACAGCUGGUGAUUCACUUUCGUCAUUAUGGGAUAAUACUAAUGGAAUAUCAUUUUCUACAUAUGAUCGUGAUAAUGAUAAUUUAUUUUAUGAUAAUUGUGCAUUAACUUAUCAUGGUGCAUGGUGGUUUACAAAUUGUUUUCAAUCACAUCUUAAUGGUGCUUAUAUACGAUCACCACUUGCUUUACAAAAUACUCCAAGAAAUGGUUUACAUUGGAAUACAUAUCAAUUAUAUCAUUCAAUGAAACAAACAACAAUGCGUAUUCGAAGACAAAGUACAUAUUAA